AUGGCGGAAAACAAGAAGAAGUGCAGACAGUAUAGUGUCGAGUAUAUUAAAUAUGGAUUUAUUCCCUCACCCACGAACAUCCAGCUCCCUAUGUGCCUGCUUUGCCAGCAGGUUUUUUCUAACGAGGCAAUGAAACCGUCCCGUCUUAAGGAGCACCUUACUAAAAUUCACCCGGAUAAGGCAUCCAAGGAUGCUGCGUUUUUCCAGAACAUCAAGGAGCAGCUUUCGAAACAGUCCAUCUCCAAGAUGUUCGCUAGGAAGGUAAACCAGACAGACAGUGGGUUAGUGGCCUCCUAUAACAUCUCUCUUAUGAUAGCGAAUGUGGCUCGGAGAAUAAAGGAGAUGGCUAUGGAUACUGAGCAGCAGUUGUGUGCCACACUACGUGAACAUCCAUUCAGUAUCCAGCUAGAUGAAACCACGACCAUGGAUAAUAAUGUUCUGCUGAUGGCAUAUGUGCGUUAUAUGUCUGAGAGGGAUGUGGCCGAGGAUGUUUUGUUUGCCAAAUAUCUCUCCACUGACACACGAGGGGAGACGAUCUUCAGGGCUCUGAGUGACUACCUGCUGGAGAACUGUAUUCCCAUCGCCAACAUCCUCGCCUGUGCCACAGAUGGAGCUCCCGCUAUGGUUGGCAGGUACCGUGGCUUCGCAACUUUGUUAAAGGAGCGUGUGCCGCAGGUGUUAACAGUGCACUGCAUGUUGCACCGUCACAAUUUAGUGGCCAAAAAUUUAAGUCCUUCUCUCCACCAGUCUCUGAACAUCGCUGUCAGGGCCAUAAACAAAAUUAAGGCCCAUGCUCUGAACGACCGGAUCUUCAGGCAGCUGUGCGGGGAGAACGAUGAAGCGUUUCAGCGCUUGCUGCUCCACACCGAGGUACGCUGGCUAUCCAAGGGCAACUGUCUGGCUAGGCUGUGUGAGUUGUUCACAAGUGUCCUGGAGUUCCUUGCCGGUGCCGACGCAGGUCUAAGGGACACCUGUGGUCGUGUCGCGCUGACAUAUUUUACCUGGCAGAUUUUUUCGGGAAGAUGA